AUGAAAAGAAGCAAGGCUCCAUCCACCAGGAGAGGAGAAAUCCAGAACCUCUUCAACAUAUAUGCCUCGGGCCAGACCACGUUACCUGCCUGCUCCCUUCUCAGGUUCCUCCACAAGGAGCAGCUGGAGGUCACCGCCGAUGAGGGCACGGCUGAGAGUUUGAUCGAAAGAUAUGAAAUCGAAGAGGCAGCCGUAGAAAGUCAAUGUAUGACGUUCGGGGGCUUCCUCCGCUACAUGGAGUCCAAAGACUGCUGUGUCUUCGAGCAGACCCACACGUCUGUUUACCAAGACAUGGACCAGCCGCUCACCAACUACUUCAUCUCUUCAUCGCACAACACCUACCUGAUAGGAGACCAACUAGUAGGCAAAAGCCACCUGGAUGCCUAUGUUUGUGCUCUGAGGAAAGGCUGCCGUUGUCUGGAGAUAGACUGCUGGGAUGGGCCAGGUAUGGAGCCCAUCGUCUACCAUGGUUACACCCUGACCACAAAGAUUCUCUUCAAGGAUGUCAUCACAACUGUGGAACAGCAUGCCUUUGAGGUCUCUGUUUACCCGGUAAUCCUGUCGUUGGAGAACCAUUGUUCCAAAGAGCAGCAGGAAGUCAUGGCCCUCUACCUCACCUCCAUACUGGCAGAUAAGCUGCUUGAUGUGCGCUUGGAUCACCCAACCACAGGAGACCUCCCAAGCCCAAAUGACCUAAAGUAUAAGAUCCUCAUCAAGAAUAAAAAGCUAAAGCCUCGUGCAAGGAUAGAAGGAGCAGCAGGGACAGAGGCCGGCGACAGUGCAGAUGAGGCUGAGGAAGAGGAGGAAGAGGAGGAAGAGGAGGAAGAGGAAGACCAACAGAGCAAAUCAAAGUUCUGGUCCCCCAGAAAGGCAGGCUCAAAGACGAAAAAGAAGAGGGUGGUGGUGGCAGAUGCUCUGUCUGACCUCGUCAUAUACACCGUGUCUGUCAAGUUCAUCAGCUUUGGGCACUCCAAAGACAAUCAGAACUCCUGUGAGAACACGUCCAUGGCUGAGAAAAAAGCACGCAAGCUGGCCAAAGUUUCAGGUAAAGACUUUGUUCUGCACAACCAGAGGUUUUUGAGCAGAAUUUAUCCAGCGGGCUCCAGGACGUCCUCAUCCAAUUACAACCCUCAAGAAUUCUGGAACGUUGGCUCGCAGCUCGUGGCACUCAAUUUCCAGUCCCUGGGAUUGCCGAUGGACCUGAAUGAUGGCCGUUUCCAAGACAACGGGGGCUGCGGUUACGUCCUUAAACCUGCUGUGCUCAUGUCCAAUGACAGGAGCUUUGAUCCAAGCUGCAGUCAACGCGGUGUUCAACCAACACACCUGCUGCUCAAGGUGAUCAGUGGGUCCAACCUACCAGUUCCCAGAAGUGGCAAGGCUCUGGACCCUUUUGUCAGAGUUGAGAUCCAUGGGAUUGGAUCGGACUGCAACCGAAAAAACACAAACACCGUCAAAAACAACUCUCUGAAUCCUUACUGGGAUACCGACAUGAACUUCCGCAUCAGCAUUCCCGACCUGUGCCUCGUCCGCUUCUGUGUCCGAGACCAGACCGGCUUUUUGUCCAGUGAAUUUGUGGGCCAGUACACGCUGACCUUCAGCAGCUUGAAGAAAGGCUAUCGCUGGGUACCUCUUCGGUCCCGAGAUGGCUGCAGCUUGGAUCCAGCCUCUCUCUUUGUUUUUGUCUGGUUUUCCUAA